AGAGCCCCUUGACUGGGCCACAGGCAUGAACUAAGCGUGCUGGAGACCCACGAGAACCACGGUUUGGAUUAGCACUCAACUCCACAGGGAGUCGCAGGGAGCUGCAGGCAGAGUACGCUGAAAGCCCACUGAGGGCUGAGGCCACAAGACCUCUGGGGCAGCCAGAGUUUACAUGGUCACACCAUACAGGACUGAGAAGCAGAUAACAAGAGUGACACACAGAGGGCUGGGCUUAUGCUAAGAGGAGGCAACGUGUGGCACGAAGGUUCUUGCACCCAUAGCGGUGGCCACGACCACGGCAUCCUGCCAGCAGCUCCAGCCCUGGAAGGACAAGGAGACUCGACUGGGUCUCUUGCCCGAAGGAGCAUGCCCAGAUGCCGGUGGCUCUCCCUCCUUCUCCUCACCAUUCCCCUGACCCUAGUGGUCGGGAAAAACCCACACAAGGAUGAGAAGGGGGUGCUGAGGAAAUUACAACCCACCAAAGCCUCAGAUGCCAACGUGAGGCAGUGUCUGUGGUUUGCCAUGCAAGAAUACAACAGAGAAAGCGAGGACAAGUACGUCUUCCUGGUGGUCAGGACACUGCAAGCCCAGCUCCAGGUCACAAAUCGUCUGGAAUACCUUAUUGAUGUAGAAAUUGCCCGCAGCGAUUGCAGAAAGCCUUUAAGCAGUAAUGAUAUCUGUGCCAUUCAAGAAAACUCCAAACUGAAAAAGAAAUUAAGCUGCAACUUUUUGGUAGGAGCACUUCCCUGGAAUGGCGAAUUCACUGUGAUGGAGAAAAAGUGUGAAGAUGCCUAAUGGUGUUUCGGGGCGUCCCUCCGAUCUCUGCGACUACUUUAUCCAUGAAAAUAAAGCAAUGGCAAGUGGAGGCUGUUCCCAGCAUGCUUUCUCCAUGCA